CACCUUUGCCCCUGAACAACCGGCCGUGACGCCCUCACUUCCCGUCUUGCUUCAUCGGAGGCAGCCCUGUCGGGAGGCUCCUUGAGAUGAGGGUGCCGUCACCAAAGUCUUUCCCCGCCUCGUCAAAUCUCACCCCUCCUCCGCAGAGACGAGCAUCACGGAUCAGAACCGAAGCUCGCAGGCAGGCAGGCAGGAGUGGACUGAAGGUGGCCGCCAUCGUGUCUGUGCUGUCAACUGUUGAUUACUGCUUCUGUCAAUGACUCUUGGAAGGUUUAUGAACAACCGUGUUCCUUCUAACAAGAGAUACCAGCCCACUGACUAUGAGCAUGCAGCCAACUGCGCCACGCAUGCGUUAUGGAUAAUCCCGAGCCUGCUGGGCAGCUCCCUGCUGCACUUCCAGUCGGAAGACCAAUGGGAGCGCGUGUCGGCCUGGGUGUACGGGGCGGGCCUCAGCUCGCUCUUCACCAUCUCCACCCUCUUUCACACUGUGGCCUGGAAGAAGAGCCACCUACGGAGUGUGGAGCACUGUUUCCACAUGUGUGACAGGAUGGUGAUCUAUUUCUUUAUCGCUGCCUCCUACGCUCCGUGGCUGAACCUCAGAGAACUGGGCCCCUGGGCGAGCCACAUGCGCUGGCUGGUGUGGGUCAUGGCGCUGUCUGGAACCACCUACGUCUUCUUCUUCCACGAGAGGUCAGUGCGCACGCUGGACCUGGAAAGAAAAAGUAGCACCUUGGUGAAGCUGACUAACGUAUGCUUGGCAUCCUCCAGGUACAAGAUCAUGGAGCUGAUCUGCUACACGGUGAUGGGCAUCUUUCCCGCCUUGGUCAUCCUCUCCAUGCCGGAGCAGUCGGGCUUGUGCGAGCUGCUGGUGGGCGGAGCCUUCUACUGUCUGGGCAUGGUGUUCUUUAAGAGCGACGGCAUUGUGCCCUUCGCUCACGCCAUUUGGCACCUCUUUGUGGCCAUGGGGGCGGCCGUGCACUACUACGCCAUCUGGAAGUACCUCUACGCCCGGCCCAUCAGCCCGGUCCGGACCUCCAGAUGACAGUGCCGCUGACCCCCCUUCUCCCUCCGACUACUGGCCGCCACAGAACAUUACGGUCCAUUUCUAAGUGGCUGUAGUUUCCUUCCAGGGGUGUGUUGACUGGUCUGGGAGCAUCUGCAGGUUCACAUUCAGUGUCUUUGUGUCAACUGUUUACACUCGCUGUGUUGACUUGGGUAUUUAUUUGCAUAUAUCAGCGCGCUAGAUGGUGUUCCACAACUUACUUUGACGCUGAUUUGCACAUCAAGCAUGACUGUUUAUAGUAGGGGCUGUCCAAAGUGUGGCCCGGGGGCCAUUUUUUGGCCGUGGCAUAUUAUUAAAAUUGAAAAAAUGAAUGAGAUAUAUUAUUAGGUAUUACUCUCAUUUGCUUUGUCGCCUAGAACACGAAGCUAAGAUGUUUUGUUCCGAUAGCCAAGCAUACAGUUGUUUCAUUGCUUUUAGCAACUUUAAUGUACAAAAAUGUAUCAAUGCAUCCUUCAAUUUUUCAAACGUUUGGACACCCCUGGUUUAGAGUCGUCCUUCGCUACAUCGCAGUUCAAACACUGCUCCCUCACCCUAUCGCGGUUUUUCCCAAAUGAAUAAAUGAUGGCUGUUUAAUGGUUGAAUAUAUGCAUAUUGAAGCAAAUUGUACUUAUUCUUGGCCUAAAUUACACAUUUUCCAGCAUAAAAUGACCUAACUUACUCAAUGAACUUGAAAUUCAAACACGAGGCAGAAGCAGCAUUGUAGUUGUGAAUGUAGUACUGUAUUCUACAUUGGCCACUAGGUGUCAGUACUUGUUUGGUGGGACAGGCACUGGACUCGUCACUAAGGUUCCCUAGGGAACACAUUCACUGUGACGCUGCUCGAGCAGGAAUUUUAUGAACAUCUUAAAUGGCUUAUUUACUCUUAUUUUGUCUACUAUGUUGGGUAAUACGAGUGUAAAGCCAUUUAAAGCCGCCAUUACAAUACACCGGUGUAUUGUAAUGGCGGAUGUAGGCAGGAAGUACGCUGUCCAGAAAAAACAAGGAACUGCUCACCUGUGAGUCUGUUAUCUUAUUUAUGUCUAAUAUGUCUUAUUUUCUCUGAUUAUGUCUACUACAUUGGGUAAUAAACAUGUAAAGGUGAGUAUGUGGGUGUUAGGGCUCUAAUAAUGUUCAAGACAUCGUAAACAGGUUUUCUGUGCCAUAAAUACAAAAAUAUUGCAUCUAUUAAUUCACUUACUGCGGUCGGGUCUGGGCCCCAAUUAACUGCGAUACACGAGGGACGACUUUUAGCGUUUUUCUAUGGUAAACACACGAAUAUAUUUAUAUUUAUAAUCAGUGUGCUUCCAUAUAAGCAGGUUAGUUUUAUGACCACGGUAUGUACAGCGUCAUACAGUAUUUAUGCAGGAGAGUAGGAUGACUAUGCUUUAUCUGAUUCAGCGGGGGAAGUCGAUACUGCCAGUUUGUUCGUUUUACUGCCACAAGUGACAGCACAGUGCCACGUAAACAUGAUCCCGCCAAAGGUUUUAGAACACCUUCACCUUUGAAAGCAACACCAACCUUAAAAUCCUUCAAACUUCCCAUUCAGGAAGUGACCCUUCUCUGCCCACCAAUCAACACACAGCACUGUGUCUAGCUCAACCCCUCAACACGGCAGUUACUUGAAUGUGUCAGGUGACCAGCGUUGGUCAAAUUACUUUUAAAAUGCUAUUAGUUAUAUUUCCUAAUUACUUUCCAAAAGAAGUAAUUGAAUUAGUAACAGAAUGACUCCUCCAUAAAUGUAAUUAGUUACCAGGGAAAGUAAUUAUUGUUUGCUUUUUUGAAAAGCCUUCAAAUAUGGCAAAGAAUCGGGAUUUAGCUUUGUAGUGGCAGGAGUGUGUGACUUGCAAUACUCUACCAAAACCUUAGAGGGCAGUGUUUUCCUGGGUGAGCAACCACAAAUCUCGUUGACUAGCUAUAACAAUAAACCCAUGUGACCGGAUUUCUGGUUUGACAAGCGAGAGAUGCAGCCGCAUCAAUAGCAGCCUCCUGGAUGGAUAAGAAUCAGCCAUAAAUCCUUGGAUGGAUGCAUUGUACAGAUAUGCACCGGGUAUCACAAGACUCGCAACCGGUUGACAGUCCAUCCAUCUUCUGCCGCUUAACCGAGAUCGGGUCGCGGGGGCCUAAGCAGGGAAGCCAAGACUUCCCUCUCUCCUCUUUUUCAUCCAGCGGAUCCCGAGGCGUUCCCAGGCCAGUUGAGAGACGUAGUCUCUCCAACGUGUCCUUGGUCUUCCCCGAGGCCUCCUACCCAUCGGACCUGCCCUGACAAAAUGCCCAAACCACCUCGUCUGGCUCCUCUCAAUGCAGAGGAGCAGCGCUUCUACUCUGAGUUUCUCCCGGAUGACAGUGCUUCUCACCUUAUCACUAAAAGGGAGAGCACAGCCAACCAAGGGAGAAAACUCCUUUCGGCCGCUUGCACCCGCAAUCUUGUCCUUUUGGUCACUACCCAAAGCUCAUGACCAUAGGUGAGGGUAGGAACGUAGAUCAACCGGGAUAUUGAGAGCUUUGCCUUUUGACUCAGCUCCCUCUUCACCACAUUGGACCGAUGCAGAGUCCGCAUCGCUCCGUCUCUUAAACAACGCGAGAGCCUGGUCUGCCGGCAAAAGGAUUGUCGUGCAUGCUGUGUAGCUUAGCAUGACUGAAGACGAGAAUGGAUGGAAAUAACAUUAGCUAAGCUAGCUCGUCACCGGGAAAGAUUUUCAACACAUCAGCAAAACAUGUGUACAAUAUAGCAAUCUAAUUGACCUAAUUUAUUAUGUAUUGUGUAAAACUAAGACAGGGACAAAAUCAAAUUAAAAGCGCUAAAUGAAUACAGAGCCACCAUCCACCAGUACCAGCCUGGACUUUGUUUUUCAGAGGUGCACCACACAAAUAUGCACAUUAGCACUCAAUAAGGUCAUCAUAUGCAUUCCCACAUGUAGUAUCAGCAUUUGGGACCAAAUAUGAGGUGAAAGAAAAAGGGUAAAAAUACGGUAUAGUAGUCUAUCUGUGCAGUGUGGGAGAAAGUUAGAUGGUGCGUUCAAGGACCAUCGAACAAAGUGGGAGAAGUCGACGCUCACAUUGAAUGUGCAGAAAUUUUUCUUUUUUUAAAUAAUGGCCCAUAUUUCCAAAAUUAAAAUUCCUUUACAUACAAUUCGAUGUAGUUAUUUACAAGUUAUUUUAUUAAGUGUUUUUUUCUGUUUCAUUGCACCUUAAUGUUUCACACGGCCCAGUGGUUGGGGACCCCUGCCUUACAGCACGCUUGGUGAUAUGACGUGCUCUUUUACACAUUGGAAAAUACUGUAAGAAUGCAACAAAUGUUGAAUUGUAUCGAAUGGAAUUGUACCAAAUUUAAUCAUAUCAUUUGUACACUUCCUGUGUGGUAGUGGUCGUAAACAACGGCAACUGAAGCGACAUCCGACGCCAACUGUAACAGCCUUGUAACGUUUGAAAUAGUCUCACUGAAUUAGAUAACCCAAACAGCAGCGUUACUCCCAACACUGCACAUGACCAAAGAGGGGGCCAAUUGGGUUGAUGUAAUAGUAGAAGAAGAUUGAAGUAGCUUGGAAAGCAGCCAAUGAUUGUUGUAUUGCGCAACACAGCAGCUAUACAGGACCAAUGUUGUAAUAGCGGCAAGACGCAAACUGCUCGGCCAGCGUUAACAGCGCUGAUGGGUUCAUUGUCAGCAGCGCAACACAUGCCCAUGCCCACUGCCCAUGUUUUAAAGUGCACACAGAGCUCCAUAAAGCGUGUUCUAAAACCUUUGAAGUCCCGUUUAUGUGCCACAUUUGAUGGGAAAGUGAAGCUAUACCGUCAUAUUGUUGAACAAUCUGGCCCAAUACGAAGCCAUCUCAGGUGUGUGUGUGUGUGUGUGUGUGUUAUAUCAUCCAAAGCCUCUCUGGUCUAUGUUUACACAUGAAUGCAUGACGUCAAAGAAGCAGUAUUUGUAUAUGGUUGUAAAAUGUAAUGUUUCAAGCAUAUGUCAAAGUUGAGCAUCUUUCCCAGCAGCAGCAGCAGCAGGAGACUACCUCUCAGGAUUUUUGCAUCAUCGGAUCAACACGGAAGCUGCUUCCCUUUAAGUCCACAUUCCAAAGUACGGCACCAAGCCGUCCCAAAUGUCCUCUAGUAUUAUUAUUAUUAUUAUUAUUAAAGCCUGUAAAGAUCCAACAUGGAGAGAAGAAAGGGACAGAAUGAACCUCUUUGGAGUUGUUAUUGGUCCAAGAUAAAAGGCCAAUUGCAGCUUUGAGAUGCGUCCAAACACACUGUGUGAUCCAUGCUGCUUUCUUUACUACACAGCAUCAAAACCAGGACAAACCUCCUUAUGCGACUUUUCCGCACAAAUAAUUCUGUUAUUAAUACAGAAAGACGAGGUCCUGAUUUGACAUCAGAUGAUUACUUUUUCAGAUGGGAGAAAGUGUGAAAAUUGAUCCAUUUGGCUUGAAUUCCUUUCUUUUUUUGCCAAUAUACUUGUAGAGUGGUGUGAAAAAGUGUUUGCCCACUUCCUGAUUUUUUUUUUUUUUUUUUUGCAUGUUUGUCAUCAUUGUGAUUGUGAUUGUGAUCAUUGUCCUGCUGCAGAACCCAAGUUGGUUUCAGCUUGAGGUCACCAACAGAUGGCCGGACAUUCUCCUUCAGGAUUUUUUUGGUCGACAGCAGAAUUCAUGGUUCCAUUUAUCACAGCAAGUCUUCCAUGCCCUGAAGCAGCAACACUGCCCCAGACCAUCACACUACCACCACCAUAUUUUACUGUUGGUAUGAUGUUCUUUUUCUAAAAUGCGACGUUGGGGAUCAUCAAGAUGUUCCAUCCAUCUAUCUACUAUGCCGCUUAUCGUCACUCAAGUAUGCUGGAACUUAUCCAGGUGGUGGGGUACACCCUGGACUGGUCGCCAGCCAAUCGCAGGGCAUCUUCAAGAGGUUUUCUGGCAAAAUGGAGAAGAGCCUUAAUGUUCUUUUUGUUCAGCAGUGUUUUUGGUCCUGUGUCUUAUGGUGGAGUCAUGAACGCUGAUCUUAACUGAGGCAAGUGAGGCCUGCAGUUCUUUGGAUGUUGUUGUGGGGUCUUUUGUGACCUUUUGGAUGAGUCGUCGCUGCGCUCUUGGGGUCAUUUUGGUUGGCUGACCACUCCUGGGAAGGUUCAUCACUGUUCCAUGUUUUCUCCAUUUGUGGAUAAUGGCUCUCACUGUGGUUCGCUGGAGUCCCAAAGCUUUAGAAAUGGCUUUAUAACCUUUUACACAUCAAUUAAUCUCAGUUAAGUUAUGUUUUAACAGGGGGGGCAAAUCACACAGGACCAUGUAGUUUGGGAUUUUUUUCUCCCUUAGUAAUAAAAAGUUUUCAUUUAAAAACUGCAUUUUGUGUUCAGUUGUGUAGUCACAGACUAAUAUUUACAUUUAUUAUUUAUUAUUUGAUUAUUUAAAGUAUGACAAACAUGCAAAAAAAAAAAAGAAAUCAGGACGGGGGCAAACACUUUCAUACCAAUAUAUUUGAAUUAUGACAGAAUUCACGCCGCAGCUCACUGAGAAGUGUUUCAUAUGUCACGCUCUUAAAGUAGAAAACAACAUUCUAGAUUGUAAUAUCAUGCAGAUGGAGAUGGAGUGGAGGGAUGUAACGUUGGAGGUGGAGAUAAUAGGGGGAGGUGUUUGAGCUGAUGGAGCAUUCAGACAGUUUGGCCAUCAUGAGGAUGAAUCUAACAUAGAAGUAUGUGAAAAAGAAGUUGUUCUUUUGUGUUUUUAUCUACUGUGUGAUUGUGAAACUGCUGACUUCUUCUUUCUGACUUUUAAGACGACUCAAAUGUUUUAUUGUGUCUGUGGUGCUUCUGUGCUGUGACAUGAUGCCAACAAUGCUUUUAUCUUUUCUAUCUCUCUUUGAGUAAUAAUUAAAAACAAGCUUUUUCAUGCACUCUUACGCCUCCGCUCAGCAUUUUUGUUACCGUGCAGUACAUUUUAUUUAUUCAGCAACUUAUUGCUUCUGCGGCGCAUUCAAUGUGGCGUACGACUCAAU